AUGAAGUACCUCGAUUUGUGCGCCCUCCACGAGGUCAACCUCGCCCUCAACUUCGAUACACAAGACACAGCAAUCAUCGGCGGAUGCGAUCUCUGGACGAUUAAAGCAGCGGGAAGCGACAAGAAGUUGUACAAGCGCAUCGAGAGGACGCUCGAGGAGCGGCACAAGGACCUGCUAUCAGCGGUCGCGGGGCUGUCCGAGCAGUCUGCCGCUCAGUUCGCAGACCAACUCGACAUCUCCCGAGACACGCCGUUUGGAUCCUUCAGCGAAGCAGCAAACCGUCACACCUUCGCAUACCUCAUCGCGACGCUCAAUGCUACACACAUCGAUUACGACUUCGCGAACACGCUGAACCCCGACGAGUUCCGUCGCGAGACCAUCCACAGCUUCAUGCACAAGAUCGACACUACAAUGUACUAUCUCCGCCCGCAAGUGUACUCCGCCGGACUACCAGCAGGCGCAGUCACACCGCUUGGGUCGCCGAUAUGGAGUCCGCGAAGUUGGCACCUGCUCGAUACGGAGAUGGACAUGUCGAGCUGUGAAUACUAUGCAUGGGAGCCGUCAGAUGACCCCUUUGCUGAUGACGGUGCGAUUUGGAGUCACCACUUCUUCCUGUACAACAAGGAGCGCAAGCGAGUUGCAUACUUCUACCUCCGCGGAAUAUCGGCUUUGUCGAACUCACCAAGUGUCGCCAUGUCGCUCAUGUCCAAGUUCAAAGCAUCGAAGUACGAGUCCAGUGCGAAUGCGGGCAGUAGGAAGCGCGCGGAAUACUGGCUCGGUGAUCGUGCUAGGAAGGGACUUGAGGCAUAUGGAGACAGUGAUGAGCUUGACAAUAUGGUCAUUGAUCACCCUGGCGAUGUCGUCGAUGCAGAACAACAGCGGUACCUGCCAGCCAGAGACAUGAGCAUGGACGCCGAGUACUACGAGAGCGAUGACGACAGCGACGUUGAGUCACUGGUCGACCGAGAGAGGGCCGUGAGUAAGAUACGGACGAUGAGCGAGGGCAUCAUUGAGAGGAUGGAGCUUUGA